AUGGCGGCCCUGAAGCAGACCGCGAGCAAGCUCCUGGACAGUGGCGAAGAGUUCAAGCACCGCUUCCUCGCGUUCCUGGUGCAGAACAACAUCACGGCCGGGACGGUCAACCAAGCUCAAGUAGAUCUUCUCUGGAGGUACUUGAGUGCCGAGGCUCGGGAGUACUCGGGCGACGUCAAGGAGAAGGACCUUCCUAAUCCUUCGACGAAAGCGGCUCGAGCAGCAGCCGCCGCGGCCGCCGCUGCCGCCGCGGCCGCCAGCAAGGGCAAACCGACCAAGGGCGACCCGAAGGGCGGCAAGCCAGCCAAAGGCGGCCCGAAGGGCAAGCUCGGGAAGGGCAAGGAAGCCGCGGGAGGUAAGGGCGUGGCCAUCUGCCCGCACUUCAACAACCUCGCGACGGGCUGCAGCGCGGGAUGGCCAUGCCCGAUGCGCCGCUGCAAGUCGGAUGGCGCCCGACUGGAGCCGACCGAUGGGCGCUGCUUUAAUUGCGGCGCGGGCGGCCAUGGCGCGGCAGCUUGCCGCCGGCCGCGGAAGCCCAAGGCUCCGGCGAAGGCCGAGAGGGGCCAGGCGGAAGACCAGAACGCAGCCUCGGCAGGAUCUCCAUCGACUUCGGCCGCUUGCGCGGACGAGGCGGGCAGGCCGGCAGCCACUGGCAGGUCGGCAGCGGUUGCAACUCCGAGUCCCUUGACUACCAGCGACGUCAGCGGCAUCGUGCGACAGGAGCUGAGGAGGCUUCUGGCCAAGGGCGGCAAGCGCUGGAUCCUCAAGGACACUGGCGCCACCCACGAGCUUCGUGGCAGCAAGUCCUUCAGCGACCUGCCUGAAUGCGCCGCCCCCGUCCCGCUGGAGACGGCAGCAGGGGUGGAAGGGGCCAUGAUAGUGGGAGAUGUCGUGUAUGUGCUGGGUGAGGACCUCCAGUGGCUCUUCCCGUUGGGCAGCUACAUCGACGAGAUGAGCCUAGACUUUCACGGCCAGCUCAGCACUGACACUUCCGGGCGGCACCUCCCAGGGCGGUGGCCCUCCAGCCGCCCCGAGAACUCGGCGAAGCAGGCCGUUCACUUCCUUCUCGGGGCCUACGUCGUCGAGACUCUGGCUGCCAAGAGGGGCCGCGAGCGCCUGGAGUCGAUCGCGAAGGACACCGAGCUGGCGAAGAAGGUGGCGGUCAUGUUCGGGGUGAAAUCCUUCGGGGGCCUGGAGCUGCGGACGAAUCAUGUUGGGCUCAGCGUCUGCGUGCCCAACUUCGGCCCUUCGGCGCGGCCCGGCAGGCCGAAGCUCGAGCUUCCCGAAGAACAGGAGGAGAAGCUCUCCCCAGGCGGCGAUCCCAGCAUCGCGGCCGACGACGAGGUCGAGGACGAGAGCGGCAUUAUCUCCAGGACUUGGUACUUCUGCGUGCCGCUGGAGAGCCCCAAGGCCGCCAGUUGCAUUCAUGCUAUCGAGUCUAUCCUUGCCCAGCUUCGGAUGGAGGCGAAGAGCCCUCCGAUAGCUGUUACUUCGACGCCGGGUUUCGAGCCCAGCUCGAAUGGCCGGGCCGAGCGCGGGAUCGGCGUGGUGAAGCUGAGGGCCAGGGCAAUGCUCCUCUCCUUCAGCGACCCCCUGGACCGGCAGGCCUUGUGGGCGUGCGCCGUGCAGCAUUCUGCGUACUGCUCCAGGAUGCACGCACAGGAUCGACCAGUGAAGUGCCCGGCUUUCGGUGCGAAGGUCUGCGCUCGCAUCGAGGAUGCCCCUUCGUCCAUGUGGGCAGAGCGGGCGCGCGACGCCGUGUUCCUGGGCGUGGGCGCGGAGAGCAAAUGGUUGAUCGGGCGGAAGGACCUCGCCGCGAAACGACCUGAGCAGCGGUGGGUCAUUGAGUCCUCGUCGUCCUUCGCAGUGGUGCCUGAGGUGCACUUCAUGUUGACCACGGUCUCGGAGGAGUCCUUGAAGGUCGCCCUCACCGCGGACGACGACAAUGCGCCUCCCGAGUUCACCAAGAUCGUGAAGGGCAGCGGGCUGAGCAUCGUCACGUGCGCGGAGAUCGCGAAGACGAUCGGGAUGACUAGGGAGAAGUGGCGAGCGGCACUCGAGAGCGAGCUCAACAGCCUGAAGGGCGGUUGUCUUCGCCCCCUCACGGCCUCGGAGGCGCACUCUGUAAAGCCUUCCGAGAUACUGCCCAUGAAGGUGGUUGCGGGGCAGAAGGCUCCAGACGCAUCUGGCUGUCGGCGCUUCAAGGCGCGCGGCUGCGUGUGCGGCAAUUUCGAGGCGGUGGGCCCCUCGGAGCAGACCUUCACGCAGAAUUUUGACAUUGCCAGCCUCCGCAUGGCGCUCGCCGUGUGCGCGCACCGUCGUUGGAGCGUGUCGGCCCUCGACGUCUCUACCGCGUUUCUGAACGCGUUCCUCCCUGUGGACAAGAAACGAGUGGUCAUUCGCCCACCGGCCAUCUUCGUCAAGUUCGGGCUGGUGCCGGCGGGCGAGCUCUGGGUGGCCGAGAGGGCCAUCUACGGGCUGAGGUGCUCACCGAAGGCUUGGGGCGAUCUGCGCAACGCGGAGCUCCGCAAGCUGACGUUCACCGUCGGCGCGCUCCAGUGCCACCUCGAGCAGUCUGCGGUCGAUAGCUCGGUCUGGCUCGUCAAGGCUAACGGGGUGGACGACGUCUUGGGCUAUGCGCUGAGCUACGUGGGCGACUUCUUGUUCAUGGGCUCCGAGGGCGCGGUGAGGACCCUGCAGACCUCCAUCGGCGCGCUCUGGACUACGAGUUCCCAGAAGAUCAUCUCCCCGGACUGUCCGGGAACCAUUCGGCACUUGUCCAUCGACAUCGGCAUAAACCCCUACCGCCUGACGCUGAGCCAACGCGAAUACGUCAACGACAUGCUGAUGAAGUGGAACAUUGCCCAGUGCAACAGCUGCCAGUCGAUCAACCCCGACGAUGAGAUCUACCUGCCCUUCCAGCCCGAGGACGACGAGGAGAAGCCUGACCCUGAUGAUGUGCGCGGUGCGCAACGGAUGGCAGGUGGACUCCUUUGGCUUUCGAGCCGCACUCGGCCAGACCUGUCCUACAGCGUCUCGCGGAUCUCCAGCCAUGCGACUCGGAGGCCGCAUGCGUCCCUCGUUCUGGGCAAGGUCUUGCGGUGCUUGGCGGCUACCCGCCAGUUGGCGCUGGUCUACGUGCUGAACACCCCCCACGAGCUGCAGGACCUCAUCUGCCAGUUGGACGUCUUCUCGGAUGCCAGCCAUGGCGAUGCGGGCGCGCAGACAGGCGUCACUUGUUUCAUGCAUGGGCGCAUGCUGGUCGACUGGCGCAGCUUGAGGCAGCAGUUGGUCUGCUUCUCGACGGCCGAGGCGGAGAUGAAGGGUCUCGCCCUCAGCUGCCAGCUGCUCUACGGUCUGGAGGCGGUCGCCCACUCCGUGGAGCUGCAGACGACCGCAGUCCUCCACGGCGACAACCAAGCGGCGAACCACAUCGCUGAUGGUCGCGGCAGUUGGAGGACGAGGAACCUUAUGACUAAGGACAACGCCAUCCGGAGCCGAGUUGAGCGCGGCAUGUUGGAGCUGAUCUACGUGGAGACGGCUCUGAUGCGCGCCGACGGGCUCACCAAGAGCAAGGGGCCCGACCACAUGGCGAAGGUCAGGGCCCACUUCUGA